AUGCCAAUGGCAGAGAAUGACUGCGAGGGUGAUCUUUCUCCUCCUGCCCCAGUGGCAUCGCUCUGUGUCUCAACGUCUCCUCAAGCUCGGGCAAAGCGAAAAAUUGCCGCCCUCACGGAGGAGGUCGAAAACUUGAAGCAAGACAAAGCUACAAAGCAAAGGAAAACGACCUACUAUGUUUCGCAGGGACGAGCCCUUCGUAGGAUGGUUGUCCUUUACACUCCAAUAGAGGAUCUGGUUGCCGAGAAUGACCGGCGUUGCGAAGAAAUUGACGGCGAUAACACGAUUGAGCAUAACCGCCUUCAACGCGGAUAUAUCGAACUUGCUAAGGUAUUGCCGUGGUUUCAUGAGAAACUGGCAGAUCUUGAUUUCGAGGAGUCGGCAGAUAUGCUUCGCAAGCUCAAGCGAGGCGUGGAUUCAGCUCGUGGUGAUGACAUGGGCACUCUGAAAGAGCUCAUGGCCUCAUGGGUCAAUAUCGAGUGUCGUCCGGCUUCGCUCAUCAGACCAGAUGACAAACACCAUCGAGGAUUCGUGAACGAUGCAUGCAGUAGACUACUCUGCCCAGCAGAAUGGCGCUGGGAGGACCCAAUCGUCAAGGCUGGCAUUCGUGAUCGUACAACUACUUUCAUCGUCUCUGAAAACUCAUGGCCGUCAUUUAUGUAUGAAAAUUAUGAAGCUGACGUUCAGAAUCUGGAGCAUGGCCUUUUCAAGUCUAGGCUAUUGCUUAUGGGCUUCAAAGCCAUCUUCACUUCUCCUUCCUCUGCAAACGAAGUGAAUGGUGAUGGCGAUGGCGCUGAUAUCCUCGAGAACAACUGGCGUGCUCGGAGACGUUCAGAUCACGCCAGAGUCAAGACUUGUGUCGCCUCCAUCAUUGGUAUGAGGAAGGCAACUCCGCGCGCAAUCGCGUAUACAGCUUGCCAAAUCCGAUUCGCGCUUUCUAAUAUCACCUCCUGGCAUACCGUAGAUGGAGACUUCGACUAUCAAAUGUUUUGGAACAAUAUCGUAGACUUUUUUGAGGAUCCCCCAGGUCCAGCUGCGCUAAUGAGGGUGAACAAGCUUCUUGACUGGUGGACCAGAAAAGUUUUCGGAAGAAAUCAUCGGCAGGACCUAACGCCGGAUGUUGUCAAGAACAUGUCUGUUAAUAGUCUUGCUGCUCAGAGACAGCAGAUGGAGGAUGCCUCAUUCGACUCCAACUAG